AUGCGGUGGUUAUCCGUGAUGGCAACCCAAAUCGCGCCGACGCCGCGAUCUGCUGUAGUGAUGCCGACGGAGAAGAAGGCGAACAGGUCAGGAGUGCGACUAGGAGCGUUCUCGAAUCCGAGAGGAGAAGCCGGACCUGGAGACGGAGGCGGAGUCGGCCUGGUCGCCGUGCCACCGGAGCGAUUGCGCAUCAUCGAAGAAGGAGGGCGGCGACCGAUGCCGUGA